AUGAAAAUACCAGCAAUGCCCUUGAGCUCCGCCAGGGAACUUGGCACCCUAACCAACCACCCGGGCUCGGCCCGUUCCUUUCGCCCCACCGGGUGGCCUCUGUACACGCUGACCCUCGCACAACCCAAACCUCUGCCAUUUUCCCAUUUUGCCCUCACCUCGUUUUCACCACAAACUUUCGGGCUCUGCUCGUCCGGCAUAACUACACAGUGCCCAACCUCACGUUCGCGCAGCAUCUGGUCCAGCCGGGCAGAUCCUGGCUCUGACAACCUCGUUAACCUCGGACCCAUUCAUGACGAGGAACCGAACCAUGUCCAGGUGGCCCUUAUUGGCCGCCACCUGGAUGGGCGUGAGGCCGUGGCGGUUUUUAGAGUCGACGUGGAGGCCGUGCCUGAGAAUGUCCUGCAUUGUUCGCAGGUCGUUUUUAGCGGCGGCCGUGCAGAGGAGGUCUCCGGCCACGUGAGGGUCGGAAAUGGAGGCCCAGUGAAUAAAGAAGCUAAUGAGAUUCAGAGGGGAAUAUAUGUGAUGAUCAGUCUUAAUUAUGGCAGGAUGGUUGUAAAAGAAAUUUACCAAAGGAGUUUUUCCUUGGGAAUCUCCAACAUCAGGGUCAAGCCCUGCCUUGAGAAGCUCGUUAAGAAAAGCAGAAUUUCCGGUGGCCGCAACAGUCAUCAAGUUGAUGGACAUGUUUGGAUCACCGUCUUCUUCUUCGCCAUCGAAGAAUAA